GGCGGCGGGCGCCCAUACCCGAGAGGUGCUCGGGCGCGCGUGCCGUCGGCUGUGUAGUUGGGUCCCGCGCGCAGCUCGCGAGCCGUCGCCCCGAGGUGCUCAGAGUGGGGGCCGAGACUCCCCCAGCACGGUUGCCGGCGGCCGCUCGCGGAGAUGCCCGGGAAGAAGGCGCGCAAGAGCGCGCAGCCAAGCCCCGCGCGGGCCCCGGCAGAGCCCGAGGUGGAAUGUGCCAUGCAGCUCCGGAGAAUUGGAGACAAACUGAAUUUCCGGCAGAAACUUAUGAAUCUGAUAGCCAAACUCUUCCGCUCGGGAACCUGACUGCCUCGGAAGCUUGUGAAGGAGGAGAUGCCUUUGAAAGGGAAGAUUCCCCAGUAGAUGCAAAUUUCAUCAAUUAGAGGAGAGACUGUCUUGUGAUGGAGGAGAGCUGGAGGGAGACCUCACUUGCUUUUGGAUGCCCUUGGAAACCGAGACGCGUGUACAUCAGAGACAGAUUUCUGUCGGAGAUUCCCCAGAAGUCAUUUUUCUGGGGCUGGUGAGAACGUUAUAAAACCACUUUGUUUAUUUUUAAAGCAAGAAUGAAUGGAGGAGCUCUGAAAAAUAAGGAAUGAAUACUUACACGUUGAGUUUUUACUUCGAAAAUUAUUCUGGUAUUUUUGCUGAAGAUUGCUGCCCAGAGGUGCUGGCAAAUGAAUAACUGUGGGCAGACGCAAGAAAGAAUGUUCAGUGUUGGUUUUCACUUUUGAAUGAAAAAAAGUGCUGUACAGUAUUCGGUUUCUAUAUUACCUUGUGAAAAGUAAAGGUUUCGUUCUGAAAACACUGAAUGUCCUAGCGAAUGUUGAUUCCCGUAGGUCACUACAAAAUAUAGAAUAAUUUGAAAGCGUUUUCCAUUCAACUCAAAAUGUAUUGCUUCUGUUCAGUUGACCCUGCGUUGAAUUACGUUCUUCUGAAUCUUCACUGGAGAGUCUGUACUAUGAAAAAAUGUGAUUGAGGUGUUAAAGCCAGUGAGACUUUUGCAGGUAGAAUGUUACAACAUAAAGAACAUGGGAAUUUGCGUACUGAGAAAUAAUGGGGGGAAAAGGGAUUUAGGCUUUUUACUGCUGUAAUUAAAACUUAGUAAAACAAAUAUUCUAAAGUAACUUGAUAGGAAAAUGAAUGUAUUCCUAACGAAGUUUAGAAAAUCUGUAAAAUGCUGUUUCUCAUACUAGUCGCGUACAUCUUACAAAAAGUGAUCCUUUAAAAGAAAUUAAGCAUGUUUUACAUAGGAUAUAUUUUUCUUAAGAAAAAGAGAGAAUGGAUUGCUCAUAGGAAUGAAGAUUUCAUCUCUGUGUGUAAUUUGCAUUAUAAUAUGUAGAUUCUGAGAAAGCUUUCAUGAAGUUCCGUUUUUUAUUGUGAAGAGGCCAGAGUACCAACAAAGUCUCCAGGUAUACAAAAAAUAAUAGUCUCAUGAUUGAAUUUCCAUAAAUAAAUCUUAUUUAUUUUACCUAUUUAUAAUUAAGAUAUUUGUUUCCGUUUCAAAACCUAUUAGUUAAAGUUACGUUGUUAGGUUAUGAGACAAGACUUUCAUGACUACUUGAACAGUGAGGAUGUUUUAAUAUAGGCUGUCGUCACUUUAGAUGACAGAUUACCUCAGUAUCUGUUUUUCUUCAGUAUUACUUAAGGCUGUUAGUUUCAUUUAGUUGCAAAGAUGUUUUUUUGGUCUGUCUAGAGGCAGAUAGUUCGCCGUAUGGGUAUUUAUGGUCCGUGAUUGUAUUUAUACAUAUAAAACUUGAUACUGUAGCUGUAAACUAUUAAAGAUUAUCACCAGUC